AUGAUCCUGCACGACUCUGUUUUCAUAAUAGAGUUCAUUCUGAGACUUGGCUACAUGGUAUCAAGACCUGAUCAACUAUUACGGGAUCCUCUCAUGGACGAGCCUUGUCUUAUGAACACAGUCAAGGAUGAUCUUUUCACCUUACUCGAGAACCAACUUCCUUACUUUAUCCUCGAGAAGCUCUUUGGUCUACUCCUCCCAACAAUCCCCCCAUACAAGAGUCUCCGCCAAAUGAUAAUCAGCCUCUUUGGCUUCACUGAUAAGAUCAGUAACAAUUCAACGUUCAAACAUUUCACUGAUUUGAUCAGGUGUGUCCGCGUAGAAACACUUCCAGAUUUUGCUCCAGGGACAUGGAUAGGGCACAUAAAACAUAUGUAUAACAUGGAAAAACUAAAUAGUGGAGGAGUGAAAUUCGAGGCCGUAGAAAAUGACUUCUCGUUGUGUGUGAGGUUCGACAACGGUUGUUUGAAGAUACCUUGUCUCACGGUUUAUGACGAACUUGAGAUGACACUCAGAAACAUAAUGGCUCUUGAGCAAUGCCAUUACCCUAAGAGCGCCCAUGUCUGUAACUACGUUAUCUUCCUGGAUCACCUCAUCGAUACUGAUAAAGACGUCAACUUGCUUGUUGAAAAAGGGAUAAUACAGAAUCAUAUUGGGGAACACCGGUUGGUGGCAGAGAUGGUGAACAAGCUCUGUUUGGGCAUCCGCUUUUGUGGUUCUUACUAUUCUGAUAUAGCGGCUGCUGUCAACAAUUACUAUAGAGACCCAUUCAAUAGGUCACACGCCGUCCUCAAGAGCGUGUAUUUCGGUAACCUAUGGACAGGGACGGGUACCGUGGCUGCCAUGUUAUUGUUGCUCAUGACUCUCAUCCAGACCGUGGCUUCGAUCAUUCAGAAGGAAGAGAAUCUUGUAUUAGCAAAUGAAUUUCUCACCACGAAUCAGGUGAAGUGA